AUAUUAAGCAUGGCGAAGUUAGACGAUCUCUUCGAUAAAAAGAAAGAUGAAGCUUUGCUGCUGGAUUUGUCAAAAACAGUUAUUAACAAUGCCGAAGAGUAUAGAGCUGUGUUGGAUAAAGUGCCAGAAUUCAAAACGCGACCCGAAAAGGUGAGGGCAGACGAAAUAAAAAUAAAGGAUAAAUCAGAGGAUAAGAAAACUAAAACUCCUCGGAAGGAGGUGCGUGCAUACGAGAAGUUAGGAACGCGAGGGUACGAGGAGAAGCACUUCACGUUCAUGGAUCCGAUACCGGUGGAGAUGAGAGGACUGAAGUUUGAGGAGCUGUGUGCCGUGCCCAUCGAGUGGCGGAUGCUUACCUCCGUCAGGCCGAAGUCCAAGUUGGAUGAGGAGUAUUUUAACAGAUUAAUAGAACUAGGGAAGUUGCAGUUAAAGACUCAAGCAAGAGAUAAGAGAGAGUUCAUCAAAAACCCCAUGGUCCGGAAAACCAAGAACCGAUCCGGCGUCACAGAGACGAGAAUCGUGUCGUGUGCCGAGUGCGGUGAAGAAUACUGCGACGGUAAAAUGUGCGUGAUAACGAACUACGACAUGUUCGCGCGCAUCAAAGUGGAGACGGAGAAUAAGCCGCGUCCGGCGCCGGCGCCGACGGGCAAGCGGCGCCCGAUCAAGCGGCGCGUGCGGCCGAGACGAAAGCCACGCAGCAAGAGCGCCCAGGCGCCACCGAAGAGUAAUGCACGGCAAUCCGGCGCUAAGAGUGACUCUGAACUGUAAAGUGUAGACUACUUACGGUUCCGAGGAGGUACCUGGGUUCUUAUCAACUGUGAUGAAAUAUAAAGCAUGCAACCGGCCAAUCAAGCGGCGCAUUCGAGUAACGCACGGAAGACUGCUGCUGCCCCACCCUUAUUACCCCCCCUGGCGACGCCCAUGCUUAGGUACUAUAAGGUACCCAGUGCAAGCGUUAGCGGUGCCUCAUCUUAUCAACUGCGUAUGCAAAAUGUAUUACACUAGCUUUUUCGGUGUCGGGUUUGUCUAUAAGUAAAAGUCACGUAUGUAAGUUGUUCAGCAGGAUUUAAAGUAAGUACCUAGGUACUUAAAUAAUGAACUCGCAGAAUAUACAUGCAGUAAAGUUAAAAAUACCGUGUAUAAUGUAACAUAAUAACAUUGCGGAGUUCAACACUGGUCAUACAUAAUGUCUAUGUCUGGUAAUGUUUAUUUGUGAAUUAAAUGCAUUUUUUGUAUUUUUAAUCCAUAAGUCCCUAAUAAGUAUAUACAAUAACAUAGAUUACUUAGUUAUAGGAAUACAGGUCUCAUCUCAGCUAGUAUUUGGCCAAAGAAACCAUCAUCAAUGCAAAUAGUGAGGACAGCAGUACUGCUUACAGUACCUACAUAUGUACUUAUUUACAUAAGUAUAGUUACAUUGCAAUAUAUUCAUUACACCAUUGUUGAUAAAGCCAGGCAAGUGCCUUUUAAUCUACGGGACUCUUGAUGACACACACGUAUCUACACUCUGACGAAUAUUUUAUCAAAUCCAAAAACUGACAUGCACAUACAAGCUACCAAAAUAUCACUUACAUUCUUGAAAGCAUGAAUGUUACUUUGACAGCGAACGCCGUAACAAUUAUGAGUAUCGCGGCGUCUAUAAGAGUCCUCGGCAUUUAAAGGGUUAUGUUAGUUACAAUUUCGCCUUGUAGGUUUGUUCUAGCAUUUUUCCAUUAGAUAUAGUCAAAGCUUAAGUCUCACCAGCAUUAGAUAUAAUAAAAUAUUGGAAUCUCAUUUUUGCAAUUUUGUACUUAUACAAAAAUAAAAUUAUAUGAAUACUC